AUGGACGACAUCCUCCAGCGGUGGGCGAGGCUCUUCAGCACCCUACUCAACACCAAAUCCCCUACCCUGAACCCAGACAUCAUCGAACGAGUGACGCAGCGGCCAGCGACACGUGACACUAAACGAUUGGGAGAGGCGCCAGAACUCGAGGAGGUUGAACGAGCAACGAAAGGCUUCAAGAACUGGAAGGCGCCCGGCGUUGAAAUGCUCCCUGCCGAGUUGCUCAAGAUCGAUGACGACGAACCCUUCGUCUUGGGGCACAUCCAUCCCAUCCUCGUAAAGGUGUGGAACGGAGGAGAUAUUCCGCAAAAGCGGAAGGAUGCAACCAUCAAGUUGCUGUACAAGAAGGGUGACCGGUCCAACUGGAACAAGUACAAGGGGAUUUCGCUACUAUCUCACGUAGGCAAGGUCCCCAUCAAGAUCACCACCAACCGUCUAAGCACCUUCUGCGAAGCCAACAACAUCCUCUCGGAGAAACAGUGCGGAUUUCGACCCGGGCGAUCCACCGUCGACAUGCUGUUCGUCGUGCGCCGCCUCCAGGCGCUGGGGCUGAGGAAGAAAAUACCGCUCUACAUGUUCUUCGUCGACUUGAAGAAGGCGUAUGAUUCGGUGGACCGAGAGAUGCUAUGGAAGGUGCUGGUCAGGGCCGGGAUUCCCGUGAAGCUGAUCAAAGUCAUCCGCCGAUUCCACGAUGGAAUGCGGGCCCGGGUACGCACGGACGACGGAGAACUAUCGGACUGGUUCUUCGUGACACAGGGCGUGCGACAUGUGUACUUUCCCCACUGCUGUUCAACAUGUUCUUCGCCGAAGUUCUUCGAGGUCGUUGUCAUCCGAUUCUUUGAGGAUGAUGUUGGGAAGUCGGAAGCGAGGGGGGGAAGGAGACACCCCUUGACCGAGUACGGAGGGCAGUAUGGGGGAUGCUGUAUGCCGAUGGUGCCGGCGUCGUAUAGAGGUCCGCAGAAGGACUGGCGAGAAUGAUGGCCAUCAUCGUUGAGGUGUUCGGGGAGUUCGGGCUGACCAUAUCGGAGAAGAAGACGGAGACGCUCCUGAUGCGCGCGAACGACAAGCCGACUACAACACCGCAGUCCCCCCCGCCUUGACCACUGACCACCGAAGCCGCGUGACAGAAAUACGCCCAGACGACCGAGUUCCGGUACCUCGGUGGCUUCGUCAACGAACAUGGCGACCUCACCCGGGAGAUCAACUUUUUCAGGAGAAGAGGAGCGUGGGCGUGCCUCAGGCGAUAUGGCCGGGAGCUCUUCAACAGACCGAAAGUGCCAUUCCGACUCAAGAUCCGCCUUAUCCAGGCGGAGGCGAUGGAGGCACUGCUGUACGGCUGCAUGACAUGGUUACCACUCAGCGGCCACCACCAGACGCUGCGGUGGGUANCGAGAAUGAUGGCCAUCAUCGUUGAGGUGUUCGGGGAGUUCGGGCUGACCAUAUCGGAGAAGAAGACGGAGACGCUCCUGAUGCGCGCGAACGACAAGCCGACUACAACACCGCAGUCCCCCCCGCCUUGACCACUGACCACCGAAGCCGCGUGACAGAAAUACGCCCAGACGACCGAGUUCCGGUACCUCGGUGGCUUCGUCAACGAACAUGGCGACCUCACCCGGGAGAUCAACUUUUUCAGGAGAAGAGGAGCGUGGGCGUGCCUCAGGCGAUAUGGCCGGGAGCUCUUCAACAGACCGAAAGUGCCAUUCCGACUCAAGAUCCGCCUUAUCCAGGCGGAGGCGAUGGAGGCACUGCUGUACGGCUGCAUGACAUGGUUACCACUCAGCGGCCACCACCAGACGCUGCGGUGGGCAGCUGAGAGUUCAUGGCCUUCUGGCACAAGAAGGAAGAAGAGGCCAGCCGACGAUGAGCGCUCAAACGAGACCACAAGCCAACUACCAAUGGGGCGGGAGGAGGGCGAGAGACGGACGAGACGGCGAGGGAUCAAAGCAAACGAGAAGAGACGGACCGAGUGGCCCGAUACGUGCCAGAUUGAAUUUUUUCAGUCAAUUCCCCCAACGCUGUACCGUUGCACCAACCCCCCACUACUAGUGAUGACGUAUUAUUACUUUGUAUCGCUGGUUGGUGACCAUGUUUGCGUGUUUGCUUGUUCGUUAGUGGUCUCUCCGCCGUGUUUUCUUUCCCUUAUUUCCUGUUAUUUUCGGCCUGGUCCCUUUUUGUCCUCGCUCUUUUUUCUUUCAUUUUCUCUUUCCUUCCUGCUUCCUUUCUGUUUUUUUUCUCCUCUUCUCUUUUUUCCCUGAACUCUCCUUUUCUUCUUUUGUGUGCCAGAUGGUCUUGUCUCUCACAGAAUGUGGCGUCUUGCAGCAGUGGAGGUGGCGGUGCUGCUGUAGCUCGUAGACUUUGUAGUCUACCACAGAGGUUACACUGCUGUCACCGCUCUAUCACAGAGGUUGGUCUACACUGCUGUGAGAUCGGUAGGCCCGAGCGAGCUUUGGAAAGAGAAAUGCAGAUAGAUGUUCUUAUCAACUGACUCCCUGGUCAGGCUUUGAUGGGUGCUAGAUGAGAGUGAGCACAAGGGGCGAAGGCGCGCUUGUGUCUCAUCUCAACAACAACAAA